UGCUGGGCAAGAUCAGCACGGGCGCCGUCAACGACCUGGAGCGGGUCACGCAGAUGGCCUAUUCGCAGGUGGCAGUGUACGGCAUGAACGAGAAGGUGGGCCUGGUGUCGUUCCGCAUGGACAGAGAGGCUUUUGAUAAGCCGUACUCGGACGAGACUGCCCGACUGAUUGACGAGGAGGUCCGCAGCUUCGUGGACAUGGCUUACAAGCGCACGGUGGCUCUCGUAGAGAAGCACCGGACAUACAUUGAGGCCAUGACAGCGGAGCUGCUCCAUAAGGAGGUUCUGAGUUUGGACGAUGUGGAGCGGUUGUUGGGUAAGCGACCCUUCAUGAGUCAGGAGCUUCGAAACAUCGACCGCUACAUCAUCCAGCAGCUCAAUGAGAAGCAAAACAGCUUAACGCUAUAUAUCUGUGGGGGUGAGACAGAGGGAGCAGGGCACGGAGAUCGGGGUGCAGCUGCUCAGCAGCAGCGGCACAGCAGUAACAGCGAUAGUGGUUGUUUAUUGGCGGUGGUACUUGUCCCUUGUUUAUUACUCGUUUCCAUGAUUGUUGUGUUGUUCCCGCGGUUGUUCCUUCCGUUCGGCGCUCAGGAGGGAGGGGUGUGUGGACGCGGUGGGCCGCCGUUCACGGCCUGCACCGCCCCCACCGCUGUGGUGUCUCCGGUGUCGUUGUGUUGUGCUGUGCUGUGCUACGUGAGAGAGAGGUGUAACGAGUGCCCAUACGAGCCGGCGGCCCAGAAGCUUAAAAGCCAGAAGUUAGUAAUUCAACGCAGAAAGUUCUACUACGCGACCAAUAUCCACACGGUCAACUAUGACCGCCUACGUAGAGAUGAGCGCGUACGCCAAAUGCCAUAUACCAGAUGGGGCAGUUUUGUUUGCUCGCUGUCCAUCAUAAUCAACUUCAUAUCGGAGUCGUUGUUAAGGAUUACGUUUGAGCUCUCACGACAUGCAGAAUAA